AUGUCGACAGCCGCCGAGAUCCCCAGAUUCGUGGUCGACCUCUCGCAGCCGCCAGAGGAGCGCUAUGCACACAUCGUGCCUCAUUUCCAAGGCUCCGAUAUCUCAUGCAACAUAAACACUGUUUUCAACGACCUUCUCAAAGACCUGCUUGGCCAGACUUUUGGAAAGUUUAUGGCUUCUGUAUCCCCACGUAUCCUGCGCCGAGUAUACAUGCCAGAGGAGAAUGCCGAGUUGAGGGGGAUAUCCAAGGCCAUGGGCGUUCCCAUGCACGCUCUAGUCGCCUUCAAUGUUCUUCUGGAUAUAUUGCUAGGAUGCACCAGCGGCGGUGUACGUACCUUGAACCUAGCCGAUGGUCCAGACCAGCAAUCAAGCCGCAUGCUUCACUUCCGGACUCUCGACUGGGGCAUGGAUCUUCUGAGGCAGAUCAUUGUUGAGCUUGACUUUGUUCGGAAAACUGGAGGCCCCGUGAUUGCGACCACAGUCACCUAUCUCGGCUAUGUUGGAGUCUUGACAGGAGUCAGAAAGGGUCUUAGCAUGGGCUUGAACUUUCGGCCAUACCAUUGCAGAGACACCUUGAGACAACGCGUCUCCUUCAGAAUGCACCAGGUCAAGGUGAUUCUUGGUAAAAGAAGAUCCAUCUCAAGCGUCUUGCGAGGUUUACUACUAGAUCCCACUCCCGGGGAAGACAUCCUGACCCAUCAAGAGCCCGACACCGACGCGACAGCAUCAGAAAUCCAAGACUGUCAUAUUCAGGAAAUAUUGAAGACACUUUCCGCCUCCAGAUCAACUGCAGCCUACCUUGUCUUUUGCACACCUGAAAGAGUCUACGUUGUCGAAAAGGAUGAUCGCAAAUCGCUUGUUCGCGACUCUGAUACCUUCCUAACAGCAUUCAACCACGACGGCCACGACGAAAAGGAUCCUACGAAGCUCCAACAGGCCGCUGCAGACCUAGCCUCGGGAGACGACGGAACCGCAAUGGCAGCGCUCGUUGAUGGCUCGUUGGAGAGGAAGGAUCAUCUAGACCGCCUCUGGAAAAAGCGAGUCAAAAAGUGUCAACGACGGUUCGGCCAUCAAGAUCCAAUCAUCACUUUCCGCGAUAUCCUCCGAUUCCUACAAGAUGACAACAUACUGGUUGAUGAAACGCAUUAUGCAGUUAUCAUGGACCCAGGAAAUGGCAAGAUGCUUUGGCGAAGGCUCUACAAAGCUGAGGAGUCAACCGAUGACUCUAGUCAGGAUGAAAAUGAUGACGGACAGGAGUCGGUAAUUUUGACUGAUUGA